AUCCUUUGACCUUUAACGUCUAAUGCCUACCACCAAUGCACACAGGCUUUUGACAAUACUGGCACUGAUAUGUCAAUUGCCAUACUCACUGCAACAAGAUGAAGAAGAACAGCAUGGGCACACACACGACCUGGACCCUAUGAUAUUUACGGAUUUCGCUGCAACUGAUGAGCCCAUAGGAUCCAUUAUGACAUUACACUUGGCAUCCAUGAUAUUAGCGUUCGGUAUUAUAUAUCCAAUUGGUAUGGUUCUUGGUUUGGUGAAGAGCCGCUGGCACGUACCUGUUCAGGUGCUAGGUUCGCUAGUCUUUGUUGGCGGAUUUUUUUUGGCACAUGCUCAUAGCGGCCGUAACUAUGAACCCCACAACGCUCAUCGUGGUUUUGCUUGGUUCGUCGUUUGGUCACUGAUCGCUCAAGUGGCCAUGGGAGCCUAUCUUAAACUUCAUUUGGAAAAAGGUAUCCAUGGCCGUAUUCGUUCCUUGUUCGUAACUGCACAUAGAUGGCUUGGAAUUCUGGUUCCAGUCAUCGGAUAUACUCAAAUCGUUUUGGGUGUUAUUGCUAUUGUUGGCUUUUGCUAUGGCGAACAUACUGGACAAUGUCUGGCGCAUUUCAUCAUGGGAUCCUCCUUUGCAGGUUAUGGUAUCAUCAUGCUUAUCUCAUUGCGGGUCGGUGGGCCAUGGCUUCUGAAGCGUCAAAGAAGCCAAGAGUGGUAUGAUAGCUGGAUGAUCACUUUAUGGGGUAUUGUGAACACUUUCACAGAGCACCGUUGGGGCUCCAAUUGGAAUUCCUCUGAUUACCAGCACACAUCUAUGGGUAUUAUUUGGGUAGCAGCUGGAACGGUCGGCAUCUGGCUUAGCCGAAAUGAACAGCGAAGCGUUGUUCCUGCUUUGGUCAUCGCGCUGACCGCCGCUGCCUUUCAAGGACAUGCCCAACACGUGGCAAACAGCGGCCAUAUCCAUUCAUUCUUCGGAUACAUGUUGAUGGCAGGCGCUAUUUCUCGAAUUGUUGAAAUUUGCUUUGUGUGGAAAAAGGGAGUGUUCACAGUCUCCCCUUGGCAAUAUAUGCCACCCAUGUUUUUGAUGAUGGCUGGUGUCAUCUUUAUGGGAGCGACCGAAGAGCAAUUAUCAUUAUUGGCUACGAUUGGUAUUGAUCCUGCAUCGUAUAUCAAUGUCCUCUUAUCUUUCGCUUUCUUCCUCUUCCUUUACACAAACAUUCUGCUCGGACUUUGGGAGCGGUUAUCUGGAUAUGAUAACAAAGCCUCCACUGAAGGUUAUACUGAAGUUGAGCGCGAAGAAUUACAUGAUGGAGCUAGCUUCCUUGAAGACGACGAAGACGAUUAUACAAAGGAACAUAAUGCCCUUGCCCUGGGCUCACUUCGACAGCGCGACUAAGUUAGGGUCAUAAGAAUUGACAGCAUUUUAUAAACACCCGUCGUCAAGCAUGCAUUUCUGUUAUAUAUUCAUAAUUCAUCUUUCUGAAUGAGUGACAAUUACAAAGGGAUUUUUCUCUUCAUGUUCUAGAAAAACAAAUUAAAUAUCCCAUCUUCAAACUGCAACACGCGUGUCUGAAAUAGCCCUUAUGUAUCCACACCCACCGAACGCUUCAACCUAUAGGCAAUGGGUUGU